AUGGAAGCUCUUACAAAUCGUAACAGAAAAAUUAUUACCCAUGAAGGAUAUCAAUAUGUUUUUGACAAGUUAGCGGCCGACACAGUCACUAAGUUGUAUAGAUGUCGUAGACGUGACAUACACUGUAAAGGGCGCAUUAGAGUAAGCCCAAAUGGUGCAAUUGAAGUAACUGGAAAUCACGGUGGUCACGAUGAAUCACCAGUAGCAAUAGAAAUAGCUUCGACGAUCACUAGCAUUAAAAAAAGAGCUUUAGAGACGAUGGAGGCACCAGCAGUGGCAAUUAACCAAUGUAUAGAAGGCUUAACAAUUGCUGGAAAAGGGGCAUUAACAUCUGUAAAUAACCUUAAACAAGUUGUACGAAGGGUUCGGCGGCAUAAUGGUCCACAAAUCCCUGUUGCCCCAUUAACAUUGAUGGAAUUAGAAAUCCCUGAAGAAUAUAAAGAGUAUGAAGCUGAACCAGGGCAGUUUGAAAAUUUUCUGCUCUGUGAUACAGGACCUGGCCCUAAUAGGGUUUUAAUAUUUGGACGCCAAAGAGGAUUAGAGAUACUUGCGACAAGCAAUGAGUGGUUUGUGGACGGAACAUUCAAGAUCGCCCCAAUCCUCUUUUCCCAGGUUUUUGUUAUAUUAGGCAGUCGCAAUGGUGGUGUCCAUCCAUGUUUAUAUGCACUUUUGCCAAAUAAGAACCAGGCAACAUAUAAUACACUUUUGGUGGAAAUUAAAAAUCUAGCUCCAGGAAUAAACGCUGGAAGCAUUUCUGUGGAUUUCGAGGUCGCAAUUCAUAAUGCUUUUAGAACAGAAUUUCCUGACAUUGAAAUAAGAGGAUGUUUUUUUCAUCUUAUACAAAAUAUGAAAAAACAAGUUGCAGCUGUAGGAUUAAUGGCAGAAUACAGAAAUGAUCCAGACUUCAAUUUACAUGCUCGGAUGAUUACGGCGUUAGCAUUUGUCCCUCCAGAAGAUGUAGCUGCUUGUUUUGAAACGCUGAGCAUUUUUAUCGAAGCAGUUUUUCCAUCAUUACAGCCAAUCCUUGAUUGGCUAGAAACUUAUUAUAUUGGAAUGCUCAGAAGGGAAGGUGUAAGGAGAACACCAGUUUUUCCUAUUCCCACUUGGAAUCUAUAUUAUAGAGUUUUAGCAGAACAAAUGAAAACGAAUAAUAUUGCAGAAGCAUCUCACAGGAGACUCCAAGCACAGUUGAGCAUGUCAAACCCAACAAUUUGGAAAUUUAUAAUAGAACUCAGAAAAGUGCAAGCAGAGCGGGAUAUCUAUUAUGAAUUCCUUGUUGCAGGUAAUCAACCACCUCCUUCAAAAAGAAAGUUUGUUGAUGCUGGAAAUCGUAUUCUGCACUUAGUUCAAAACUAUAGAAACCGCCAAGCCAUCGAGUACCUAAGAGGAUUGGCACAUAAUUUUAUAAUGGAUCAGUAA